UGCAAUCUCCACAUCAUGGUUAGAGAGCACUGCUGUCUCCCUUCAGAGCGAACUCUGCUCAGCCAUCCCCCCAAAACCGGACUUCAGUGUAAAAUGGUGCUUCAGGCCAUCAGCAAAGUGCUCAGGAAGUCUAAAGCUAAGCCAAACGGCAAGAAACCUGCUGCAGAGGAGAAGAAGGUGUACCUGGAGCCGGAGCACACCAAGUCCAGAAUCACUGACUUUGAAUUCAAGGAGCUGGUAGUGCUGCCCCGGGAGAUCGACCUCAACGAGUGGCUGGCCAGCAACACAACAACAUUUUUUCACCACAUCAACCUGCAGUAUAGCACAAUCUCAGAAUUUUGCACAGGAGAGACGUGUCAAACAAUGGCUGUGUGCAACACACAAUACUACUGGUAUGAUGAGCGGGGGAAGAAGGUCAAGUGCACCGCCCCCCAGUAUGUUGACUUUGUCAUGAGCUCUGUGCAGAAGCUGGUAACUGAUGAAGAUGUGUUCCCCACAAAAUACGGCAGAGAAUUCCCCAGCUCCUUUGAGUCCUUGGUGAAGAAGAUCUGCAAGUAUCUGUUUCACGUGUUGGGCCACAUCUACUGGGCCCACUUCAAGGAGACCCUGGCCCUUGAGCUGCAUGGACACUUGAACACACUGUACGUGCAUUUCAUCCUCUUUGCCAGAGAGUUCAACCUGCUUGACCCCAAAGAAACCGCUGUCAUGGACGACCUCACUGAGGUGCUUUGCAGCAGCCCGGGUAACAGUGGUGCCACUGGGGAUGCGGCCAGCAGUGGAGCUUCCGGAGCACAGAACCACGUGAAGGAGAGAUGAGUGUCCAGGGCCAGAUGGGUGCACAUGUGCAAAAAGACAACUGUGUGUCUGUGUGUGCGCACACAUGCCCAGGCGUGCUGGUGGCAAGGUCUGAGGGUCCUGGGCUGCUCAGAGUGUGGGCUCCAUGGAUGCCGCUGGAGUCAAGGUGUGUUUCCUGACUUCCCUGUUGGAUGGAUGAGUGCUGUUUGUAGUGAAGAGCCUUUGGAGUCAUUCAUUCAUUCAACAAACAUUUAUUGGACUGAUGUUUUGAUUUUUCUUCUGUGGGGUUUUCCUUUCUUGGGUCUUCCAUGUGGCUCUUGCCCUCCCCUCCCCCUGGGGGGGGGGGCCCUGCGGCUUUGAAAGGAGAACCUUAUGAGAGGUGUCUCCCCUUAUAUGGGGCUUGCCCUGCAGAUCUGGGGUUCUGCUGUGCUUUGGGGAUGGGCUUUUACAGAGGCCUGCCCCGCAGCUUUCCGCCCUAGUCCUUGCCUGGAUCUUGGCUCAGAGUCCCUGGGGUAGAGAGGCCUACCUGGGGUGACCCAGGAGGGCCCACGCCUGCUGCUUGCUCCUAUUACCCCUUCUUGCUGCCUCCUGUGCCCAAGGAGGCCCCAUUUGUGCAUAGGGGCCAGGGCAGCCCAGGACCUGGCAGAGGCCCUGUGUGGAGACAGGACUGUCAGUGAAAGGCAGAAUCUGCUUUAGUUCAUCUGUUCAGACAUAAUAAAAAAUUCUCUCAGGUCA